AUGAUGAUUAAAAGCCGCCACACCAUUCAACUCAACAACUGCGUUACGAUAGUCGUAUGGCUACAGACAUUCGAUGCGGCACGAUAUUAUCCCCUUCGAGAGUUUUCGAUGGUGAUUAUUACUGUCCCUUCGCGUUUCGGGUUGGUGGCUUACAGGGUGAGAAGCCAAAGGUCCCAACAACGCUCCGUUCAUCCUGGCACGUUACGCAUUUCGUGGGGGAAUCCAGAGUUGCCCGAAAAUUGUCGAGUCAUCUCCGAUAUUUUUUUGCAAAGAGUCGAGGCUUUUGUCCAAAGGAUGUGGGCAAAUCAAGAGGGGUAUGAGCGAUUCGAAUCAAGUGGCGCUCGAUGGCUAUUGGAUGUUCUGAGACGAGAGUUGGGACACGAUUUCUUCGACCACCAAAGGCUUCGUUUGGUAAUGGAGAAAGUCGUUGCCCUGUUGCAUUCUGAUUGA